AUGAAACAACACAUUGAAGGGAUAGGUGAUGAGUUGAAGGAAUAUGCAUUUCAAGUAUUUGGUUUAGAAGUGUAUUACUCUUUGUUACUGUUAACCAAGUUCUAUUAUAUUAAAAGCCUUUUUUUUUCUCAGGGACUAUGUUGCCUGUUUAUUCCUAAAAUAGGGGUGAUUCUUUUCAUUGUGUUUUACACAUUAGGCAACAUAUGCUCAUUAGUCAGCACCAUGUUUCUGAUGGGGCCAGUGAAACAGCAGAAACGGAUGUGUGACAAGACCAGAGCCUUUGCUACAGUUGUUAUGCUAACAUGUCUGGUUCUCACACUCUGUGCAGCAUUUUGGUGGAAAAUUUUUGCACUUACUUUGCUGUUUGUCAUUCUGCAAGUCCUUGCAUUUGCGUGGUAUAGCUUGUCAUACAUUCCUUUCGCAAGAGAUGCCGUCCUGAAGUUUUUCUCCAUGCUGUGCACCACAUGUGUGAAAUGAAAAGCUGAGGUUUUGCCUUUCAUCACCCCAGGAAAUUUCUGCUCAAGUAUUUGGUGAUUUCGGGAUCCACAAAUGAUCAUUGACAAAAUGGCACAAUGGGACAUUGCUGUAAUGGCUAGUUGAAAAAAGUGAAAGUCGUGACAUUUUGCAAAGUAUGGUAACCCAUACUUGGAAUUGGUGCUCUGCAUUUAACCCAUCCAAGUGCA